AUGGCGACGACUGGAGGUAUAUUUGGUGGCGCACAGCAAAAGGCAGGGACUGGAUUGUUUGGGUCCUCGACGACGACCGCUCAACAGCCCGGCACAACUGGGAAUUUGUUUGGAGGCUUGGCCAGCAAUCAACAGACUCAACAAGGCACCACUACCACCGGCAGUGGCAGCGGCGGACUGUUUGGCAGCGCGACAACGGGUCAGCAACAGUCCCAGCCAGCCAGCGGAGGGCUCUUCGGCAGCAACCUCCCUCCGACGCAACAAUCACAACAACAGCCGCAACAGACAGGCGGCGGCCUUUUCGGCUCUGCAACGGCCAACACUCAGUCUAAUGUCGCGGGUGGUGGCCUUUUCCAACAGUCGCAGGCAAAACCAUCCGGAGGUUUAUUUGGUCAAACACAAUCUCAGCAAGCUCCAGCUACAAAUCAAGUACCCGCAGUUCAAAUCAAUUAUGAUAGCCUUCGACCUCGGACAAGGUUUGAUGAUCUUGCUAAACCUGUUCAAGACGAAAUCGCUCUCAUAGAUAAAGGAAUUCAGCGUGUAAUCAAGAUGAAGGAUGAAAUCGGAGAGUUCAUGCCGCAACACGAAAAGGACAUUGAACAACUAGGCAGAGAUGUAAAGUUUGUCGAAACAAAGUUCAAGAUGGUUCAAAUUGCUCUCAACCAGGAUGUUCAAACCGUUAAAGUGUUGCAAGACAUGACUAAGAAGAGCAUCGCCGAUGCCCAACUCUCUUUCAAGGCGACUGACAACCUCAAAUUACCGACGCAUUACCAUCAAACGGGCCUGUUUGCUGGACCGACACCACCCACGGAUUCUAAUGGAACCGAUGCCGCUUCUGCACAUGCCAGCGCACAGGAUCUUAUUACGUACUUCAAUAGAAUAUGCGACGACGUCGAAAAAUACAAGAAGAGGCUGGAUGAAUACAGAGGUGAAAUCGAGCGGGACCUGCCUGGAGUGGAAAAUGGGCUCUACGAGCAGAUUCGAAGUCUCCGGGACCGUAAAACCGCAGUCGGUGGAGCCGUUCAAGAUCAGCUUGGACAGGUUUUGUCAGCACUGCGAGAGACGGGUAACGCGAUUGUUGCACAAGCAGGGCAGAUUGCCGAUACGCGAGAGAGGCUCUCAAGAUUACAGGCAGGAAUCCUCGACAGUGGUGUUUAUGCGGUAGGAAUGGCUUGA